CCUGUCAGGUCCGUGGCCAGCCAAGGACACAGAGGAUUUCUUUCUUCUGUCUAUAGGUUCCAGUGUUCCAGAUGCUGCAGAAGUUGGACCUCUGCUCAGGUGAUGAUCUUGUGCCACAUGUACCAGGACACUUUGAAAUCGCAGGGCCAGGCACGCAUGAGGAUCUUUGGUCAGAAGUGCCAGAAGUGUUUUGGAUGUCAAUUUGAGACUCCCAAGUUCUCCACAGAGGUCAUCCAAAGAAUUCUGAAUAACCUAGUUAAUUAUAUUCUGCAGAGAUACUAUGGACACAGGAAGAUAGCAAUGACCUCGAAUGCAACUUUGGGUGAGAAGGUGACUUCGGAUGGGCCCCAUGACAUACGCAAUUGUGAGGCAUGCAGUCUAAACCCUCAUGGAAGAUGUGCCCUUGCACACAAAGUAAAACUACCCAGAUCCCCAUCUCCAUUACCAAAGAGUUCCUCUCCAUCAAAGAGCUGCUCUCCUCCUCCUCAGACCUGGAAUACAGAUUUGGGGAAUAGAUGCAGAGAGCCCCCCCACCGUGAAAUAGGGCCACCACUAAUUCUGUUUUUGUCUAUUGCUGCACUUGCCCUUUUUAGUCUCUUCACUAGAUAAUAGGUUUAUCGUCUUGCUUUAAUACCAUGGGGAUCAAUGAAAUAGAUGUCAUUUCAAUAGGACAGUGACUUCAUAUCAGAUCAAGUAAGGUCAAGUAUAUAAAAUAAAUCUGCUUUCCUGGACAUGCUCUGAAAAUAGCCUAAACCAUGGCCCACACAUAAUGGACCCAAUAACAGAUUUGUAUUGAGUUGCUGAACUGUCUGCACUAGCUUGCUCACGUAUUGUUCUCAAGCUAUGUUGAUUAAAUAAAUCUUGAUGAUAACUAACAGC